AUUUAAGCAUCCUAUAAAUACCUCUAGGAUCAACCUAAGAAGGGAGAUUAUUUUUCCACCAUUAUUCUCUCUACAUUGUAAAUUCUAUCAAUAAAGAUCUUGGUUCCACACUAUCUACUCUAUUUUUACGGUUAACAUUUGGCGCCCAUCGUGGGGCCGAGUUCUUUUUGAUCCACGAAUACCGCAUGGAAAAUUCAGAAAAUUCAUCACCUCCUAGCAGAAGCACCCCAAAUUCUAGAAGCAAAGCCAGAAUGAGCAACUCCUCUUCAUCAAGCACGAAUCCAAGAGAUACUGUCAACAAAGCCAAACCAUCAGACUCAACAGUAGCAUCGCAAAUACAGAAACUUACACAAGACAUGGAAGAAACCAGGCAAAGUCUAAAAGCAAUCGAAUGGGCCAUAGCAUCUAUGACAAAGGCUACUAAUACCUCGUCACAAGAAGCUAAACGAGAACGCUUAUCACAAAGUGAUGCCAGGACACUUGAAGGGAAGGAGCAAGAUUCAGCACAAGGAAACAGCAAUCAAGAUGAAAGCUACAUACCUUCAAAAUCGACAGAGUUGACAAUCGACACGAGCUUACAACCAUCCUCAGCUUUCACUCAAUACAAUUUUCGGAGUAAAAACAUGAUACCUCGUACACAUUCAAACCAAAGGAAGGCUAGCCAACAAAUCCAAGAAGCCACACUCACGGCAGCAGGUCCACAAAAGACAGAAACACAGUUUCAUGAUGAUGGUGUUUACAAAGAAAUUGAGGUGUUGCGACAACAUCUGGAAAAGAUAGAAGCAGGCAGGCAGAGGUAUGUAGAACCAGCACACACAGCUUCAGUAGAAAAAGCCUUUAUAGACGACAUCAUCAGGGAACCUGUGCCAUCAAACUUCAAAACUCCGCAGCUAGCUGAGUACGAUGGAACUCAAGACCCAGUGGAGCACGUGCAAGGAUAUAGAAUGGCAAUGAUGGUAUAUGGAGCCUCGAAUGCCCUAUUAUGCAAGCAGUUCCCAGCAACUUUCAGGAAAGCUGCGCAGGCUUGGUUCACAACAUUACCAGAAAAAUCUAUCCAGACCUUUGAUCAAUUUGCGAACAUGUUCAUUAAUCACUUCACUGCCAGCAGAGUUCCCCGAAAGACUAACCAUCAUCUCCUAACAAUUAAACAAAAAAUAGGAGAGUCACUAAGAGCCUACAUAGCAAGAUUUCACAACGAAGCUGUGCAAGUAGAACGAUUGGACCAAAGCGUGGCAAUGCAUGCUCUAAUGGACGGACUUAAAGACUCAAGUUUCUAUAAAUCUCUAAACAAGCGAGAACCCACCAGCCUUAAUGAUCUCUUAAGAAGGGCGGAAGGAUACAUCAGAGCAGAAGAAAGGGCGGUAGUAAAAGAAGCACAAGAAACAUCAAAUUCAGAAAGAAAGCGAAAAAUAGAAAAAGAUAUAGAUAAUGAAAGUACCAAAGACAGAAAACAGUCAAGAUACAACUACCUCCAUAUUUGAAGAAACUUUGUCACAAUCACAUUCAACCACAUCAAAUGAUGAAUCAAAUUCUGCAUUUGCAAGGCAAGAUAGACAUCUCAAAAUUCUACAUGCACAAAUCUUAAAAGAAAGCUGCGAUCCCAGCUAAGUAUAUUUACUUUUUAAUUUUCUAAUUUUCAACCUCAAUAAUCAUGCAAGUUAUUGUGUUUUUAAGAAAACUAACCUUUCUCUUGAGAAACUUUUGGGAGAAGGCCACAUAGGCCAAAAAGCUCAAAGCAGAGGAAUUCAAUUACAAGAUGCACAAGUCUAACAAGAGUUAUGAGACAAAUAAUAAAACUGCGAGCAACUU